CGUCUGUUUUACUGGUAUACGAGCACAGGCGUGGCGAAGUAUGGGCCUUUUUUUUCUCAACCAAUUUACAUUUCGGUUUUUCGUAUGGAAUCUUACAAGAGUGAUCACUGAGUCCAGACCUCAAGUUCAAUGGUGUGAUUGGGCGUGAGGCAUAAGGCGUCUGGUUUUAUGUGUAUAUGGGAGCAUUAUCUAGAUCUUCUUGGCCGUGGGCCUCUCUACUCUUCGUGGUGCUGGGGGUGUCGGUGCUUUGCAAGGGUUCGAAGCAUCGGCUAAGUCGAUGUCUAUCUUCUGAAAUCACACAUUUGAUAUAUCUAUUUCAGAGUUGCAUUCAUCAAAGAAUUGUACCAAGACAGGGUUCAACAGGCUGCGUGGAGAAUGGGUGCAAACCAUGCAAACACGCCCGAGAUUUCACUCGUCCGCGGGCGCGAUGCUCCUCCGGCCUGGAAAGUAGCCUUGCAAGCAACUCCCAUUGUGGUCGACCGGGGCAAUCGCUACUUAAUUGUUAUCCUCUGAGCGGAUAGACAUUUUCCUCCUUCCACAACAUCCUUUAGGUCGACAAUCCGCGUCACUUCCCGUGUCCGGCAGCACCGCGACGUCCACAAACCUCCCCGUCCAAGCCCAUUGAACCGGCCGUGCUCCAGCUCCAACACCACUACGAC